AUGGCGAGGAGAGGGAGGAGGCUGAGCGUGUCUCUCCUCCUAUCGCACCUCUUCUCCUCCUUCAUGCUCUCCUCCUCCUGCUCUCCGGCCUUGAUCACCCAUGGAACUUCGCAUGCGCUUCGGUUGAGAGGGGGGUCGUCCCAGGCCGCGCAACUUGCGGAGAUCCGGGCGAUGAGGGCGAAGCAGUACGAGAUGGCGAAGAAGGUGGAGAUGGAGCAGGAUGCCCAGAAGGCUGAGAAGCAGGCGAGCUACAGUGGCGCUCAACGGGUCUGGUACUUUGCGACAGAAGAGGUUGGCCCGAACACCAUAGCGACCCAGAGUCAAAGGAUGAUGCAGGGAGACGCUCGGAGGUUCUAUGAGGGGCAAAAGGUCACCAUGUGCAGAAACAGAGAGACAGGAAUGGUCAUCGAGCUCAUGCACGACAGCGAUGGCUGGUUUCAAUACUCUGCCAGGGAGAAUUCCGCUCUUGCACAGAUCAAUGCUGCAGGGAACAUUUUCGAGUACCUGCGCUGGUACUCUCCCGGCCUUCUUGAGCAGAUUAAGAAAAAUCCUUUGAAAUCUGAUCUGCUGGACAGAGAGCAGAGGAUGGGAGGAUGGAAGGCUUCUCCCCAUGGAUCCAGCAUCCUCAUCAAACAUGCAGAGAACGCGGACUUCGAGUUGUAUCUACUCGAGCAAGCUUUCUUGUAUAUCAAUCGCAAGGGAAAGGAAGCAAUCUUCAUGGACACAUCUGGAGAGCCGCAUUACAUGUCAAUCAGCAAUGCGGAAGCGAUGCUAAAGAGAUGA